CGAUUUUAUUAGUGAGUGCGCGAACGAGGUUAUAUCUCACGUGCUACAACAAGCCGGAUUUUGCACCGAGAAACGACAAUCUCGACAUAUCCUUGAACAUUUCACAGCAUCAUCAAGCAUCAUACCAUCACGACAACUACAACAUGUCUGACCAAACGUUUCAUACACCGAGUUUUGGUGACGAGGACUUUGAUAUACCAACUAUUCAUCCUCAUUCACAUCAGCAACAACAACAGCAACAACAACAUCAACAACACGAUUCCAUGCAAGCGUAUGGUCAGCCACAGAUAAUGCAGGGUAAUGCUAUGCAGCAAUCGCCGGAUAAUCUAAAUUUGGAUACUAGUGGAUAUCAGCAACAACUCUUACAGCAAGAUCAUUCGAUGCAAUCGAUAAAUGUCAGUUCAGCAUAUGGCACCUCCCAAGAUUCAUACGCAACAAUAAAUUCCUCGCGUCAACAGCAACAUAGCGGUCAGCAAUUGUUGAUGCUGCAGCAGCAGCAACAACAACAACAACAACAACAGCAGCAAGUUCAGAUGCAACACAUGCAAUACAUGCAUUCCCAGCAGCAACUGCAACAGCAACAACAGCAGCAGCAGCAACAGCAGCAGCAACAAAUGCAAUAUAGAAGUCCGACCGGAGGUAGCCCAAGUGCUAUGCAAGUGAAUAAUAUAUCAGAAACGAAUAACAAUACUACAACCAGUGAAGAUAGCGAUGACAGCACUCCGCAUUCCGGAAUGAUUACGGUAGUCAAGCGUGAGCCACCGUCGCCAGAAACGGCUGAUGCUGGAGCUAAAAAUCAAAGAAAAGCGAAAACGCAAAAGAAAAAAAAGAAAAGAGAUCCUAACGAACCACAAAAACCAGUAUCGGCAUACGCCCUUUUCUUCAGAGACACUCAAGCAGUGAUUAAAGGAAAACAUCCAAAUGCCAGUUUUGGUGAAGUAUCUAAGAUCGUUGCAUCAAUGUGGGACGCAUUGGAAGUUGAGCAUAAAAAUUAUUACAAGAAAAAAACAGAAGCAGCUAAGAAGGAAUACCUGAAAGCUCUCGCAGCAUACAGAGCGUCUUUGGUGAGCAAAGGCGCGGGUGAAAAUGAACAGAAGCAACAACAAGUGCAACAACAGCCGCAGCAGCAAAUGCAAUAUAGCGGAUACCCAGGCUAUGCCGGUAACAAUGCGCCAGGAAAUGUCACGUAUCAAAUUUAUAGUCCCCAACAUCAACCUUCGUCGCCUCAACAGCAGCAGCAGCAGCAGCAGAUGGCUAUUAAUAAAAAAUCACCUCAUCAUUUGGCGAUGCAAGGAAAUCCUCAACAACAGGCUUUAAUGGGCAAUGUAAUGGUACCAUCACACAUGGCACAGCAACAACAGCAGCACAUGCAACAACAAUACAUGCAGGUACCUCAACAACAAGUACAGCAAGUGCAACAACAGCAACAGCAACAAAUAAUACAUAUGAGUCCAUCUAGAGCAGAAUUUAUAAAAGAGGAUCUAUCAAUGAAAUCUGAAACUUUAUCGAGUUGUUCGUCGCCAGUAAAUCCUUCACAGGUAGCUAUGACAGGGCAAGGACCACCACCUUGUAUACAUCAAGGAUGCCCCAAUCCUGCUAUAUCUAAUAAUGAAUGGGAAGAUGAAUACUGCAGUAACGAAUGUGUGGUCAGCCAUUGCAGAGAUGUAUUUAACACAUGGGUAUCUUCAAAUCAAAAUCCUCAGCAGAACUAUUCUACAGUUAAAUAAGUGUUUUGCAAAAGAUGGCACAUAACUAAUAAAUGGCCUGACAACAAUAAUGGCCUACUAUUAAUUUGUAAAGUAAGAUAUUUAAACAAAAGAUAUAUAGAAAUAGAUAUUUAAACAUACACAUAUAUGCACACACAUAUACAUACACAUAUAUAUGUAAACAUGUAUACAAGUAGGCACUUGGUGAUUUAAAUUAUCUAUUAUAUAUGUGUGCAGUUACCAAAAAAUGUUUUCAAAACAGUUUCAUAAUUUUAAAAGAAAAACAUAUGAUAGUAUGUAAUAGAUUUUUUAUGUGUAUAUUUUUUUGAUAUUUCAACACUAUCUCCAUUUUUUAAUAAAA